AUGAACAAAAAAGAGAUGCGUAGACACGGAUUAUUCUGGGGUGUAAUCUCUCCUGCGGACUUGGGCAAGGAGGAAAACUACCUGCCAGUAUAUCCGAGACAGAUAUUCGAGAACCUUGCCACAGACUGGCACAGGAGGCAUGGAUGGCACAUUACCCCUCCAUCUACGCCACCGGCAGCAAAAGCUGUUAAGAGGGAGCUCGAUGAACCCAUUCCGGACGACUAUGAGAUUCUGUCCAGUAAGAAGAUCAAAUCGGAAGAGUUCACAAGCGAUGGUGUUGACGCAGCCAUACCCUCACAUGCAGGGGAGUAUGUGAACAGUUAUUGGGGGAAGCAACCCGAUAAUCCAUGGACUCCAGAACGCAGCGAGGAUGAAAAAGAUCUCAUGGGCCAGCACGAGGCGUGCCGUACCAAGCAGACUUUCGUUGCGGCUAUGGGUACUUAUUGGAUUCAGUGCCCACUCAUUGAGGCUACACACCCAGAACUAAAAAGCAGUCUGCGCAUGGUCGUUCGAGCUCUUGAUGACCAUACACAGGAACGCGGCUUGCUAGAGGCCUACCUCAACCUUGGGCUAUUGAAAGGGACCAUGGUCAUGGCGCCUGACCUUGACAUAGUCCAAGAUUGGUGUUACAGACACCAGAGUCAGCGUUCAAGAGAUGGUGGCAAUGGGAAAUGCAAGAUCGACAAGGAGACAGAAAGACUUCGAGACGUUCUAGAAGAGUUCAAAAGAGUAAAUGGAGUACCUAUCGACGCGACCAUUAAAUCGCCGCCUCUCGACUUACAAAAGCGACUCGACCUCGACUGCGAAGCUCGACUAUACGAGAACAGACCAUCCAUUGGUGGACCCAUUCGGAUCUCUGGCAAUACCGCGCAUCUCGAAUUCCGGGAAGGUAGUUUAUAUUUCGAAGGCAAGAUCAACCUUCCUAUUAUCAGCGACACGCCUGUAAAGAUUUGUGGUUACAGGAUCAAAAGCGAUGAUUCUUGCACCGUUGAGAAGUGGUUGGAUUACGAUACGUCGAAGGUCAAAUAUGGGGCGGCGUGGAAGAAGUCUUGA